ACAUAUGAUUUGACACAUUUGGAUUAGAUGUUGAAAAGUAACCAACCUAGUUGCUUCAUUCUUCUUCAUCGCACAAAUCUAACAUCUUUUGAAUUCCUAGCAACUGAAUGAAAUUUGGGAUUUCGAGUGUGAGAUAAUGUGAAAAACUUGUAAUCCAUAAUAGAUAGUGAAUGUUUUGAAGGAUAACCACCUUACAUAAGUUCAUAUAAUCAACUGAAUACAGAUGGGACUCCCGAUACAGUUCGCCCCUUUGAACAUACCGUUCAAACGGCGGUUGGAAACUUUGAGUGCUGCCUCCUGGAUAUACUCUUUAGCAUUUGCUGGAUUCACUUGUGGCCUCCUCACUCUUUAUCUCAUACUGUACACAAGAUUAAGGUGGGUCGCCAUUUUGUACCUAAUUUGGAUCGUCAAAGAUCGUCAUACCUGCGAUUCUGGAGGAAGAAGAAGCUCUUAUGUGAGAGGUUGGGAAUGGUGGAUGUAUUUCAGGAAUUAUUUUCCUAUUAGACUGCAUAGAUUGCCAUGGAAUGAGUUCGAUACCAAGAAAAACUAUUUAUUUUGUUGUUUUCCCCACGGAAUCAUUCCUGCAGGAGGUUUCUCAGUUUUUGCCACAGAGCAGGGGGAGUUUGAGGACUAUUUUCCUGGCUUGAAGCCCUGGCUUUGCGUCCUGGAACAACACUUACACACUCCAUUCUUCAGAGAAAUUCUACUUUCAUUAGGAUGUGUGAGUCCUUCUGCCAAGUCCUUAGAUCACCUUCUGAGCAAACCUGGAGGAGGAAACGCUGUAGGACUUGUAGUAGGGGGGGUAGCUGAAGCUUAUCUUUGCAAUCCUGGACAAUACAAGCUGGUUUUGAGAAAUAGGAAAGGAUUCAUAAGGAUCGCUUUGAAAAAUGGCAGCCCUCUGGUACCAGUAUUUUCGUUUGGAGAAACGGAUCUUUUCAGACAGGUGCAAGGGACGGAAGACUCGUGGUUAAAGAGAGCGCAGGAAUCAGUAAGGAAAGUCAUUGGGACAGCCCCAAUCAUUAUUUUAGGAAGAGGAUUCCUUCAGUAUUCCUUCGGGAUCCUUCCACAUCGUCGACCGGUCAAUGUAGUGGUGGGACAUCCCAUACCUGUUGAAAAGACUGAAAAUCCAACUCCAAGCCAAGUAGAUGAUCUUCAUAACAAAUUCAUUGAAGAAUUAACGAAACUUUUCGAAACUCAAAAGACCACCUAUUUGAAGAAUGCCGAAAAUAUUCACCUUGAAUUUGUCUGAGUGUUUUGUAUGUCUUGAUAAUUCGUAUUUGUAUUUUUACAAAAUAAAGUAGUUUAUAUUUACACCCGA